AUGAUAUACUCUCAGCUAGGUACGGUCAUCAUUCUUGGAGAUAUAAACGCCAAAGUAAAUGGACCGAGAUCAUUUAAUUCCGUUAAAGAUAAACGAUCAGUAACAUUUGCGAAAUUUUUGGACGAAUUGCGUCUUGUUUCUUUACAUUUACAAUCCUUUGGGGAAGGAAGUACAUUUACAUUUCAGUCGUAUGAAAGCGGCCCAUCUACUGCUUUAGACCAUAUUUUGAUAUCAAAGGAUAAUAUCAGUCUAAUUGAUUCUGCAAGAGUGUUAGACGACCAUUCGUUUAAUGUUUCGGAUCAUCAUCCAAUUAUAGCCAAGCUAAAAUUAGACAAUACAGUAAUUGCAGACACGGCAACAAUAAUAAAACAACCUAAGGUAUCAUGGAAUAAGGCUCGAGAAAAGAACAAUUUGGAAGACUUCUCUUUUGCAACUUCACAGCAUCUUUGGGGCGUGGAGAUACCGAGUUUAGGAUGUUCUAAUUGUGAUAUAGAGUGUUAUUAUUCGAACAUCGUCGAUGCAAUACAACAAGCUGAAACAGAAACUUUACCACACAAAACUUUCGUAAAAUACCUUAAACCAUACUGGACUCAUCACGUAAAAGCGCUGCAUGAAAAUAUGGCUUCAAAACGCCAACAAUGGAUUUCUUGUAAUAGACCAAGAGGUGAACACGUCAUAUUUCAAGAAUACAAAUCAGCCAAACGAAAUUUCCGACGGGAAUUACGAAAUGCAUAUCAAAAGCAUAUGCAAGAAACAUAUGAUUCACUCGAAAAGGAUUUCGAUAUAGAUCAAAAACGUCUCUGGUCAUUUCUGAACAAAAAUAAAAAGUCUAAAAGCUGCUUAUCAAAACUAAUUGUAAAUGGAAGACAAAGUUCGACUCAGGAUGAUAUCUUAGAUGGAUGGGCAGAUCACUUCGAGUCAAUCUUCAAACAAAAUACUGAAUCAGAACCGGUUAGUGACAAGGAACGGGCUAUAACCAAGACUGUUGAUGAUGCUCACAAAGAUUUCAGAGGAACAUUUUAUGACAAUACUAAGCUACAUAUUACAGUUAACGAAGUGGAAAAGGUAUUGAAGUGCCUAAAAAAUAAUAAAGCGUCUGGAUUGGAUAACAUCGAAUAUGAACAUCUGAAAUACGGUGGAAACAGUUUGAGAAAUCACAUGACAAAACUUUUCAACUUAGUUUGUUACAACUUUUAUUCUCCAAAAUCUUGGAAAUCAAGUUUGAUUGUUCCUUUAUUUAAAGGAUGA